AUGAAUGGAAAGAAUGCAUCAAGAUCACGUAAAGCACGUCAGCAAAAGCAAGUGUCCGAAGAAGAUGAAUUGGCAGAAUUGGAAAGACGGACGGAAGAGAUGAUGAAGGCUUACGAUGAAAGCAAAAAAGCCGGAAGUAGCUCUUCUACGAAGUUAAAACGGUUUGAUGAGCUACCUCUCACGAAAAAGACGAUGAUCGGGCUCAAGAAGUCAUCCUAUGUAGAAAUGACAGACAUUCAAGCAAAAUCCAUACCGCUCUCAUUAGGCGGUCGCGAUAUUCUUGGAGCAGCAAGGACUGGAUCGGGAAAGACGCUAGCUUUCCUCAUCCCUGUGAUCGAGCGAUUGUACAAGGAAAAGUGGGGACCUGGAGAUGGUUUGGGAGCGUUGAUCUUAUCGCCCACAAGAGAGCUAGCGAUUCAAAUCUUUGAAGUUUUGCGUAGGAUCGGUACAGCACAUUCGAUCAGUGCUGGUCUAGUGAUUGGAGGUAAGGAUGUAACACAAGAGAAGAACAGAUUAGGAAGGAUGAACAUCUUGGUGGCCACGCCUGGUAGAUUGUUACAACAUAUGGAUCAGACUGUCGAUUUCGAUACAUCGAACGUGCAGAUGCUCGUUCUAGAUGAAGCGGAUAGAUGUUUGGAUAUGGGAUUUCAGAACACGAUUGAUGCAAUUCUGGAAAAUCUACCGAAGCAAGGUCGACAGACUUUGUUGUUUUCAGCCACUCAAACGAAGCGUGUAAAAGAUCUAGCCCGUCUCAGUCUCUCCUCACCAGAGUAUGUUGCCGUGCACGAUGAGGACAACAAGAAAGGAUACAUGCCGGAGAACCUGCAGCAGCACUACAUGGUCGUACCUUUGGAACAGAAGCUUUCCGUGUUGUUCUCUUUCAUCAGAACGCAUUUGAAAAGCAAGGUGUUAAUCUUCUUUUCCGCCUGUCGCCAGGUACAGUUUGCCCACGAAUCAUUCUGCAGAAUGAGACCGGGAAUGCCACUUAUGUGCCUGCAUGGAAAACAAAAACAAACAAAACGAUUUGACAUCUUCAACGCAUUCACCAAAUCGCAGCAUGCAGUUCUAUUUGCGACGGAUGUCGCUGCGAGAGGACUCGAUUUCCCAAGAGUAGAUUGGGUAAUCCAAGCUGAUGCUCCGGAAGAUGCUGACACAUAUAUUCAUCGAGUGGGAAGGACGGCACGAUACAAUGCGAAAGGGAAUAGCUUGAUGCUCUUGCUGCCUAGUGAGGAAAAAGGUAUGCUUGCCAGCCUGAAGAAGAAGGGCGUUGAACCGGAAAUGAUCAAAGCAAGAGAGAACAAGGUACAAAGUAUCAACGAAAAUUUGCAAGGAUUCUUGUUCAAAGAUACCGAACUUAAAUAUCUUGCCCAAAAAGCAUUCGUUUCUUAUGUUCGAUCAAUUUAUCUACAAAGUGAUAAAUCAACGUUUGACGUUACCGAAUUACCACUUGAACCUUUUGCCGAAUCUUUGGGUUUGGCCGGUGCACCCAAGGUUAAAUUCGUAAAAGAUGCACAAGCCGCAAAGAAGAGAGCGCAGAAAUUACUCGAGAAGCGGGAACGAUACGGGAAACCGUCGGGGACACAAGAGGAGGAUGAAGCAGAAGCUUCGAAUAAAGUUCGCACAAAGUAUGAUCGUAUGUUCGAGCGCAAGAAUCAAGGCGUCUUGAGUGAACAUUAUCAGAACUUGAUCGCUGAUGAUGAAGAGGAAGAUAGCGAAGAGGAGACAGAGACCAAGGUUGCUAAAGCAGAAAGCGAUGAUGACGAGGAACAAUCUUCGGAUGAGGAAGAGAUGACUCGGGAACAGGCAAUCGCGGGUAGAAGAAAGGCGGAUAGCUCAGAUUCAGACAGCAGCGAAGAAAGCGAAAGUGAACCGGAGAAGGCAAGUGAGAAGAUCACCUUUGAUCAGGAGCAAGACGAUGAGGACGACUUCAUCACCUUGAAGCGUGCUGACCAUACCCUUGACGGAGAAGAUUCUCUGCAAACCGCAAAGGAGUCCGAAUUGUCUAAACGUAAAUUACAGAUGGGCACAAGCAAGAAGCGAUCGGCAGCAGCGGGAUUGCGUGGAUUAGGAGAGAAGUUGACAUUUGACGAUGAAGGUAAUGCACAUCGCUUGUAUGAAAUGCAAGAUGAAAGCACUCUGGGCGAUGCACGUUCAGCAGCACAAGAAUUUGUCGAUCGUGAAAGACAGGCAUUGCAACAGAGUGACGUACAAGAUAAAGAACGUGUACGUGAAGCCAAACGUGAGAAACGCAUACGCAAACGUGAUCGUGAAAGACAAGAGAAAGAAGGAGAAGAUGCAGGACCGACUGUUAUGCUUGCUCCGGAAGAUGAUCGGGAAGAUGGAUAUGAGACCCCUGACUUUGAUCUAGGGGACGAUGAUCAAGCCGAGGAUGAAAGUGACGAUGAAGAGGCGGCAUACGAGCAAGAACAAUACAGACCCAACAAGCGAAUGAAGCCAACUUCAACAUUGGAAGAAGAUGAAUCGUUGGCUUUGCGUUUGCUUGGUGGGGAGUAA